AUGGAGGAUCCUCGAGAAAAAGCCUAUAAGGCUGUCACAUAUUCAGCGGUCACAUUCUCCUUCCUAGCUAUCUUAUCAGUAUGUAUUUCGAUGCCAGUCGUCUACAAUUUCGUCGACUCGAUCCAUCAGCAGACCAAAAGGGACAUGUCAUUCUGUAAGAAUACUGCCAGAGAUAUCAUGUCCGAAAUCACACACAAGAAGCCAGUGAUGGCCGCGAUUGUCGGUAAUGCGACCGCCAUCCGUGGCAAGCGUCAGUCUGUCGGAUGCGCUGGCUGCUGCAAGCCGGGUCAUCCAGGUCGUCCAGGUCUUCCAGGGCGUAAUGGAAAGCCAGGCGUCCCAGGAGCCCCCGGAAGGCCUGGAACUCCAGGACGGCCGCCAAUCGUCUGCGAGGAACAAGAGAUCCCACCCUGCAACCCAUGCCCACCAGGACCACCAGGACCACAAGGACCACCAGGACAAGCCGGCCAGCCAGGACGACCAGGAAACCCGGGACGUCCAGGAGCGCCAGGAACUCCGGGACCCAUCGGGCCAAACGGAGCACCAGGCGAGCCAGGAGCGCCAGGAAACGACGGCGAACGCGGAGAGCCAGGACGGCCAGCGCAAUCGACACCAAACAUCCCUGGAGAGCCUGGAAACCCGGGAGAGGCCGGACCAACGGGAGUUCCUGGAGACGACGGAGCGCCAGGAAGAGACGGACAACCAGGACAAGCCGGACCACCCGGACCACCAGGACCGCCAGGAAACGUUGGACCAGCCGGAGAGCCAGGAAAACCAGGACAACCGGGAUUGCCGGGACCACAGGGAGAGAGAGGAAUCUGUCCGAAGUACUGCGCUUUGGAUGGUGGUGUGUUCUUCGAGGACGGCACUCGCCGAUAG